UUAGGUUAUCAUGGGUUUGACAGUACCAGGAAAACAAGAACACUGAUUUUUCCCUUUCUGUUAAAUUACUCUAUAAUCUCCGCUUUCCCCAAAUCUAUGUUAAUGGCACAGGUUUCUUCCAAAUUUGCUGUUAUGAACUAAAAUCCAACUCGACAAAUGUGUCUUCCACUGAAGCAAUUCGCCUAAAGAGCUAUGAAAUUUGGGGGAACAAGAUCAUUUGGAGAAGAGGAAGCUUUAAUGGAAUUGUAUGAGAGGAUGGAAGCAAUUGGUGAUCUCGGUCAACUACAUUCGCCUAAUGUUUUAUGUUUACAAGAGGUUACACAAGAAAUGUCCCAGAUAUUCCAACAGUACACCUGGUGGUGGGAAGCAUAUCGAUGUUCGGCUUCGUACGAUUUUGAGAAUGUCAUACCUUAUUUAUGUAUGCAGAAUUUAAGCAAGAACCAUUUAGCUGAAGGGAUUCCUUCAGAGUAUGGAAAUCCAGGAGUGUGCUGGAGACAAUAUGUGUUACAUUUGGUGGCAGGUCAUGUUCCUUUCCAUAAGAGAUGGAGCUUUUGCUGUUUCGGGACCUUUUUAAUGAUAUAUGUAAUUCCUCCAGUCCUUCGUGGCCCAAGGAGUUUGGAAACGACUACAUCUCUUCUAUCGUAUGUGCUUCUAUGGGUUUCUUCUGCUUACCUGAUAUAAUAAUUUUUAUUAUGCCGGUCAGCAACCUGAAAUUUUGAAGUUGGUGAAAUGAAAACGAAUUAUUUUGAUGUUCUACAAGCAAGUGUGGAGCAGGCUUUCUGAAAUGGGAAAGAGGGGAGAAAUAAUGGUAGUGGCAGUUUUUAAAUGUAUAUUAAGAAUACCUAAAACAUCUUUUAAGCAUUCCAUACUUUGUACUUUGUAGAUCUCUUGCUGAUAACUUGGUGAUUAUAGUUGUAGAAUUGUUGUCGACAAAU